AUGGAGAGCCCGGAUCAUCCCAGCAGUACCCGACAAUUCAAGCGCAGCUACGUCGCAUGCGUUUCGUGCCGAGCGCGCAAAUCAAGAUGUAUCGUCAAAGACAACCCUCCCUGCGCUAAAUGUGCCAGGGAGCACCGCGAGUGUCGCUUUGAUCGCCGGCCCAGGGCUCCCAAACACCGCGACGCCCCGAAAUGGACCCGUGGGAAUGUAGACGCGGCGCCCGCCACUCAACCCGUUCAGGUGGCGAAUCACUCCCCUUCAGAGGACCUUGGCUUUAAUUCGUCGCCGAAUAAUGCUAACCAUCCACUGUACAACCGGGUUCAGUCGACAAUAGUCACUGGGACUAAUGAUGCGCUGGACUUUCUGUCAAGCGCUGCAGGACAGCAUAGCAUCGCUGGUUCAGCGCCAUCUCAAGACCAUCAGUCAGCGAGCAAUGUCCAGAACGACGGUCCCAAAGUCGUAUCAGAUAUGUGGGACAAGUGUCGCUUCGUUCGUCAGGGCUGGUUUACGGCACAAGAGGCUGUCACCUACAUUGACCUCUUCUGCGAAAAGCUUGCACCACUAUCUCCUGUCGUCCUUGACCAAUUCCGCAGCCAUGCAUCUCAUGAGCAUCUCGUUUACAGGGAAGCCAUGCUAUGUUGCACCCUGCUCAUGAUCUCAUCCCGGUUCUUCACACUGCCGGGCGCAGGCGGUACAUCUAGAAGUCACUAUGUCCAUCAGCGCCUCUGGAGUCACUGCGAAGUCCUCAUUCGACGCAUCGUCCUGGGCCAGGAGAAGACCUCCACCUCCCAGACAAGAACCAUCGGCACAAUAGAGAGCCUGAUUUUGAUAUCCGAUUGGCACCCUCGCGCUCUGCAUCUCCCUCCCGAGACAGAUGGCUGGGAUGGUCUUCUCGUCACGCCUGGUUACGACCGAGUCAAUCGCAAGCAUAUCAACAACGAAGUCCCUCUCAUUCGCUGGCGCGAAGAUGUCUUUGAACCAGCAAAGCGGGCGAAUAGAAUGUCAUGGAUGCUCCUCGGUAUUGCUAACAACCAGACAGGCGAUAUAGGCCAUCCCGUGCAUGCUGAAGUCCUUCGUGGCCGCCGAGCUCAGAAGCUCCUCUACAACUAUUUGACCCAGACUGCCACUAGACUCGGCUAUCCUUCUGUCUUUCCCGAGAGCAUAUCUGUCAUUGCAUCUCGCCUGCCCAUGCCAGAUGCGAGUGAAUCAAUAGAUCAGUCGUGGAUAUCUUACAUGGACCUCAGUUUGGAGCUUACCCAACUGUCGCGUACAGCAUCUUCAAUGCUUUUUCACUCGGCAGCCCAUCUACAAACACAAGUGCUCGGAGAUCACUAUGUAGACCUUCUUGAACACUUUUCCCUGUCUCUGUCUAAGUGGCAAGAGAAGUUCAACAGCAUGAGCCAAGACAUCGCGUCACCACUCAAAGACACACUGUUAGUUGAGUUCCAUCAUACCAAAGCAUGUACAGGGGCCAUCUCCAUUCAGGCUGUAGUCGCCCGAGCUUCCUCCGCUGGUUUCACAGCUGCAACCACCAACUCCGAUGAAGCUCUAUCAGCAUUCAUAACCCCGAAAGACGCCAAGUUCCUCCAAGAGGUUAUCUCUGAUACCAAAAAGGUUCUCCAUAUCGCAACGCUGAGUGGCUUCAGAGACCAUCUCCCUUUUGCACCAGCCCGUGUCAAGAUUAGCGUCAUUAGUUCAUCCGUCUUUCUUCUCAAGGCUCUCAGCGUUGGCUCCAUCCAUACGGAUGUGAACGACGCUUUGUACACUUUAGACCAAUGCACAUCAACACUUAAACAGUGUCCUGCGGAUGACAUGGACUUUGCCUUGAGAUAUGCGGAUCUCAUCGAGAAACAUACUGCACAGUUUCGAGCUCAUCUUACACAGCCUAGAGGUCUAAGCUCUGGUCAUCGCAGUGGGCGGGCUUCGAUUGCGAGGAAUGUGGUUCAAGGGCAGACUAGCAUUAAUGGUCCAAACUCAUUCUUGUCUAGUCUAGAUUCUCAACAGCUCGGUGAUGAUGGCGCAAUGAUGAACUUUGAUAUGGGGGAUACGUGGGUGCCUCUUCCGUUUGACUCAAGCAUAGCUCCUUUUAGCGAAGGGGGUGAUCAAGUUGCUCUGGGGCUGGAUGUUGACGCAUUGAACUUCCUCUGGAGUUUGCCCGAGCUUGUGCAGGGCGAGACCGGUUUCGCCUAG